AGGGAUCCUGGCAAGUUCACUUUGGUACCAAGUGGCAGGCGGGCUGCGGAGCUCGGACGGGCGAUGGAGAAGGAUGAGAUCCACCUGCGCAGGCUGCCGGCCGCCGCGCCCUGGGGACCGCACGGAGACAGCGAGUUUCAUGGGGUGGAUUUUCUGCCAGAGGAUCUCAGUGAGGCUCCAGAGGAGACAGGAAUGAGGGUGAACAAGAAGUACUCCUGUCUGCCUGCUGAGGAGAAGGGCAUCCACAUUAUCAACAUCCGAGCCAUCGAGGACAUCGGCUACGACCAGCAUGAGAGCACGUUAUUAAAUUCCCUAUCCAAAAACCCAGAUGCUGACUGCAAAUACGGGCUGUACUUCAGAGAUGGCAAGAGGAAGGUGGACUACAUCCUGGUUUACCACUACAAGAAGUCCUCAGCUGGGAGGACUCUGGCCAGGAGACCUCAGCAGAAUGAUGCCAGUGUCCGAAGCACCAGGCAGGACCAGCCCCUCCCUGGGAAGGGGGUGCAGCUGGAGAUGGGGGACAGUGAGCCUCACAUGGAUUACCACGAGGACGACAAGAGGUUCCGCAGGGAGGAGUACGAGGGGAACCUCGUGGAGGCUGGGCUGGAGCUGGAACGCGAUGAAGAUACCAAAAUCCAUGGGAUUGGAUUUGUAAAAAUACAUGCACCAUGGAAUGUAUUGUGUCGAGAGGCAGAAUUCCUUAAGCUCAAGAUGCCCACAAAAAAGAUGUAUCAGAUCAACCAGACCCACGGCCUCCUGAAAAAGAUCAAUUCUGUGAUUCAAAAAAUAACGGAGCCCAUCCAGCCCAAAGUAGCAGAGCACAAACCUCAGACAGUGAAGCGCCUCUCCUACCCCUUCUCCAGAGAGAAGCAGCACUUAUUUGAUUUGUCUGACAAAGAUUCCUUCUUUGACAGUAAAACCAGGAGCACUAUAGUUUAUGAAAUAUUGAAAAGAACAACGUGUACCAAAGCAAAAUAUAGCAUGGGGAAAGGAGAGGGAAGAAAGAAGGAAACUGCCCUUUUAAAUAAAAGACGAAAAUGUGGUAAAUAUGGGAUCACCAGCCUGCUUGCCAAUGGGGUUUACAGUGCUGCAUAUCCUCUGCAUGACGGUGACUAUGAAGGUGAAAACGUGGAGCCCAAUGACAGAAAACUCCUGUGUGAGGAGUGGGCGAGCUACGGGGUGUUUUAUAAAUACCAGCCCAUCGACCUGGUGAGAAAAUACUUUGGAGAGAAGAUCGGGCUAUAUUUUGCCUGGCUGGGAGUUUAUACACAAAUGCUCAUUCCAGCUUCAAUUGUAGGGAUUAUCGUUUUCCUCUAUGGCUGUGCAACUGUGGAUGAGAAUAUACCCAGUAUGGAGAUGUGUGACCAGAGAAACAACAUCACCAUGUGUCCCUUGUGUGACAAAACGUGCAGUUACUGGAAGAUGAGCUCUGCUUGUGCCACUGCCCGUGCAAGUCAUCUGUUUGAUAACCCUGCAACUGUCUUCUUCUCAGUCUUCAUGGCUCUCUGGGCUGCCACCUUUAUGGAGCACUGGAAGAGAAAACAGAUGCGCCUCAACUACAGGUGGGACCUGACUGGGUUUGAAGAGGAGGAGGAGGCAGUCAAGGAUCAUCCAAGAGCAGAAUAUGAAGCAAAAGUUUUAGAAAAAUCAUUGAGAAAAGAACACAAACAUAAAGAGACGGAUAAAGAGAAGCUGACAUGGAAGGACCGUUUUCCAGCCUAUUUAACCAAUUUUGUUGGCAUCAUCUUCAUGGUUGGGCUGACCUUCGCCAUCGUGUUCGGGGUGAUCAUCUACAGGAUCUCCACAGCUGCUGCUCUGGCCAUCAGCUCCACGCCCUCGGGGCGCUCCAGCGUCCGCGUCACCGUCACCGCCACCGCCGUCAUCAUCAACCUGGUGGUCAUCAUCAUCCUGGACGAGGUGUACGGCUGCAUCGCCAGAUGGCUCACGCAGAUCGAGGUACCAAAGACUGACAAGAACUUCGAGGAGCGGCUGAUUUUCAAGGCUUUCCUGCUGAAAUUUGUCAACGCCUACACGCCCAUUUUCUAUGUGGCUUUCUUCAAAGGCCGAUUUGUUGGACGUCCAGGCGACUACGUCUACAUUUUCCAUUCCUUCCGAAUGGAAGAGUGUGCCCCAGGAGGUUGCCUAAUGGAGUUGUGUAUCCAGCUCAGUAUUAUCAUGUUGGGCAAGCAGCUGAUCCAGAACAAUUUGUUUGAGAUUGGCAUCCCAAAAAUGAAGAAGUUUAUACGAUACUUGAAAUUGAAGCGUCGGCGUUCUCUAGACCAUGAAGAGCACAUGAAGAAAAAGCAGCGCUAUGAAGUGGACUAUAACCUGGAGCCCUUCGCUGGACUCACCCCUGAGUACAUGGAAAUGAUUAUCCAGUUUGGGUUUGUAACUUUGUUUGUUGCCUCCUUCCCGCUGGCACCUUUGUUUGCUUUAUUGAACAACAUCAUUGAAAUCCGUCUGGAUGCCAAAAAAUUUGUUACUGAGCUGAGGAGACCGGUAGCAGUGAGAGCAAAGGAUAUAGGAAUCUGGUAUAAUAUCCUCAGAGGUAUUGGAAAGCUUGCUGUCAUCAUAAACGCAUUUGUGAUCUCAUUCACAUCCGACUUCAUUCCACGCCUCGUGUACCUGUACAUGUACAGUGAGAAUGGCACCAUGCAUGGCUUCGUCAACCAUACACUAUCCUCUUUUAAUGUCAGCGAUUUCCAAGCAGGAACAGCUCCUAAUGACCCCCUGGAUCUUGGCUACGAGGUUCAGAUAUGCAGGUAUAAAGAUUAUAGAGAACCCCCCUGGUCUGAAAACAAAUAUGACAUUUCAAAGGAUUUCUGGGCUGUCCUAGCAGCAAGAUUGGCAUUUGUGAUAGUUUUCCAGAACUUGGUCAUGUUCAUGAGUGAGUUUGUUGACUGGAUUAUCCCAGACAUUCCCAAGGACAUUAGUCAGCAGAUUCACAAGGAGAAAGUUCUCAUGGUGGAGGUCUUCAUGAGGGAAGAGCAAGGCAAGCUGCAGAUGCUGGAAACCUGGAAAGACAAGGACAAGAGAAAAGGGGAGAACUGCAACAACCACAGCCCCAGGCUCUCGAGGAGCCGCAGUGGGAGCUUGUCCUCUUGCCAUUCCUAUCCUCUGGACGUUUAGGCGAGGAGGGAGCUGAGGCUGUCGGGCAUUCCAGAGACAAAAGCCAUGGCACCAAGGGCAAGACUCCAGUACGGACACCCCAGUGCAUGUUGAAGGAUGUGCUGCCAUUUUGCUCCCAUCUUUGUGAGAAAUGCCCUUCUUGCAAACAUGGAGGACCACGUUCUAUUUCUGACAAUGUUGGGGUUUUGUUUUGUUUUUUGUUUUUCUUUUGCACAAGCAGUAAUGCAGGGAGUUUUUGUAUUUCAUCCUGAGGUAGCACUAUCGACGUUGGCGUGCAUUAAGAAAUGCAGGUACUUAGAACAAUCUUGUUGGAGAUAUUCUCUGAGAAUCUGAUCUUAGCCUUUCAAUUAGCUAAUGAAAUAACGGUAAAUUUGAAGUCAUUAUAAUAAUAAUAAUGCUAAUUUGAACUAUUUUUGGAAAGCUGGGUUUGAAGGUCCAUGGGGUAACUUGCUAAAAGAUAUGCAAAAUCAGUAUUCCCUAGUAUUCCAUAAAUCCUUACCAGACUGACUUGCUUCCCAAGACUGGGUUUAGCUUUGUGAGUCUGGGCUUUGGAGUCCCAAAGAUGUGGGAGAGGGACUUGUGGCAGCCUGCUGUGUCCCCCAGACCCUCUCUGGGGCACCACUGCCUCUGGAAACAUCAGCACAGGGAUUCUGGGCAGUGCUUUCUUGGCAGCAGCAGCACAAUUGCAGAGAUCCUCCCAGCAGGCCCAUGGUCACGGAGCAUUUGUUAAAUGCCCUGAGUUAAUGAGCACACAGAGAGCUCCAGUGACUCUCACUGCCCUGCCAAGCACUCACACGCUGCUGUUGCUGAGGAAAUUCCCUUUUCCCCGAUGGUUCAGCACAUCCCUGCCCCAGCCUGGCUUUUCCCUGUAGCCCUCUGGAGCAGGACAAGGGAGUGCUUGCACCCGUGUUUCACAGCCAGCUUUUCCCACAGACUUCCUGCUGUUGGCUGGCACUGUCCAGAGGCUGUGCCAGGGGAGUCAAUCCCAAAUGCAUCCCACUUGCUGUCUUCAGUGGAAGCUUUGCCUGCACUGGGGCUACAGGACCAGACCUUCAGCUAGUUACAGGACUUUUCUUUUGUCUUAAAAUCCUCUGUCUUUUGUACAAGGAGCUUUUCCCUAAAGUAUCAGUCUGAAAUCCUUACUUACCAUGACUAGCUAAAUCCCAUCAGUACAGCUCUUUUUAAGCAUAAUAUGUUUUUGUUUUGCUUUGUUGA